GACUUUGAACCGCUGGUAUCUCAGCCCAGCUGUCGGGGACGCAGUGUAAACAAUAGAGACAACAUGGAAAAUAGUGAAUCGCUAUAAAAGUGAUGAUUCCCAAGGGGUUAGCAUCAGUUGAAUCUUUUCUGCCGGCUAAUUAGUUUAAGGCACAAUGAAAGGACAAGCGGUGAUACUCCUGGCCUGCGUUGCCUUGAGUUCGGCAACAGUGAACAAACUUCUCAAGGGUGGUCUAGGGAUCGACAUCAAAGUUGAUGGCAACUUGCUACCAUCGGUUCUUGGCGGAAGCGGUAGCAAUGGCAACUUGCUACCAACACUUUUAGGUGGAGGAGGCGGGGGAGGCGGUGGAGGAGGCGGAUUUGGUGGUGGAUUUGGCGGAGGUUACGGAGGAGGUGGCGGUUUUGGUGGAGGAUUUGGCGGUGGAGGCGGAUUCGGUGGAGGUGGCGGCGGCGGUGGUGGUGGUGGAUUAGGUGGCGGAUCAGAUGGUUAUGGAAAAGGACCAGGAGGUUUUCCUGCUGGGGGUGGCAAUGGCUGUAGCGGAGGAUGUGGUGGAGGUACUGGAGGAGGACCAGGUGGAGGUGGCGUAGUGAAAGUUAUUAAAGUCAUUGGAAGUGGAGGAGGCGCUGGCGGAGGAGGUGCUGGUGGUUAUGGUGGUGGUUACGGCGGUAGUGGAGGUCUUGGUGGUGGAUCCGGUGGUGGAUUAGGACAUGGUGGAGGAGCUGGAGGUGGUGCCGGAUUAGGAGGUGGAAGUGGACUUGGAGGUGGUGCCGGAUUAGGAGGUGGAAGCGGACUUGGCAAUGGUGGUGGAUUUGGUGGCAGUGGAGGAAUUGGAGGAUCCGGCGGUAAAGGUCCUGGUGGCGGACACGGAGGCGGAAUUGGAGGUGGCUCCGGAUUAGGAGGCGGCGGUGGAUUUGGAAACGGAGGUGGAUUUGGUGGAAGUGGAGGAAUUGGAGGAUCUGGUGGUAAAGGUCCUGGGGGCGGACACGGAGGUGGAAUUGGCGGUGGUUCAGGAUUAGGAGGUGGUGGUGGUUUUGGAAACGGAGGAGGAUUUGGCGGUAGUGGUGGAAUUGGAGGAUCUGGCGGAAAAGGUCCUGGGGGUGGACAUGGAGGUGGAAUCGGCGGCGGUCACGGUGGUGGCGGAUUCGGAGGAGGCGGCAGUGGAAUAGGUGGCGGUGGUCAUGGCAGUGGAGGAUUCGGAACCGGAGGCGGAGUCGGUGGAGGAAAUGGCGGAGGUUUCGGUGGUGGUGCAGGAGGCUGUGGUCCUUCGGGAUGCGGUGGCAACGGACCUCAACCCGGUGGAGGAUGUGGCCCAUCUGGAUGUAAUGGAGGUCCCUCGUCUGGUGGACUUGGCGGUGGCUCUGGAGGCGGUAUUGGUAGUGGCGGCGGUGUUGGAGGUGGUCGUCCAGGUCAUGGGCCAGGACAUGCAGGUGGUAUUGGAGGAGGAAUUGGAGGUGGUUCAGGAGGCGGUAUUGGUGGCGGCAUCGGUGGUGGCAUUGGUGGUGGUCGCCCAGGAUAUGGAUCAGGUCAACCAGGUGGUGGUAUUGGAGGUGGCGGUGGUUCCGGAGGCGGUAUUGGUGGAGGCGUAGGUGGCGGUCGCCCAGGAUAUAAACCUAUUGGGUCGGGCUGUAGCAGCGGAAAUUGUCAGCCAGGUGGUGCUUCCGAUGGACCUAUAGUUUUUCCAGCCGAUAAUAGCUGCAUUGGCGGUAACUGCGGAGGCAAACCGGGUUCUGGCGGAUAUGGUGGAUCCGGUAGCUUCUCGAGUAGCUUCAGUUCAGCAAGUAGCCAGGCCUCCAGUGGUAGCUGGUCAUCAAAUUCAGGUGGUGGUGGCGGCGGUGGUCCGGGUUCAGGUGGCAAAAAUCCUUUCCUGCCUGGCGGUGGAGGUUCAGGUGGCUGCGGUGGUGGUUGCGGAAGUCCUUCAAAAGGAGGAUAUGGCGGCGGAGGACAUGGUGGAACUGGAGCACAUAGUAGUGCCGGGGCAUCUGCGUAUGCUUCUGCAAGUAGUAGUGCUAGUAGCGGAACUUGGUGAAGUAACAAAAAUGAUAAUUUUUUGUAAAUAAUUAUUGAAAUGUACUGAAACUAAUAUGGAUUGUAAAAAAUAAGACUACUCUGUAAUACCGUCCUUGCUACGUUUUUACGAAUAUAGUCAAAUAUAGGAUUUAUACUUAAAUGUAAUAGUGCCACGGAUUGCCGCGUGUAUUGUUUCCAAUGUAAAUUAAAAUCUAACUCGAUGCGCGACCCUUAAUUUGUACGUUAAGAAUAUCAGAAAUACGAAAAUAGUCUGAUAAUAAAAUUCUCAUUUUAACAAUAA